ACUUUUUCUUCUUCAGUGCGCUGAGAGCUUUAGUGGUCUAGAGGUGGUUCCUUACGGACAAGUGGGCGUAUUUCUUGCUUUUGUUUGUUCUCUAUGGUGGAUUAAACUAAGUGACAACGCAACUGAUGGUUUACCGUGGAUAUUAAGUGCUUGCGCGAAGCGGAUGAGAGGUCGUUCGUCUCGUGGAUAAUUAAGGAAGCGAGAAAAUACGAUUGGGCACAACAGGUUCAGUGGACUAACUACAAUCAAACUUGAUCUGUGCGUGUUAUUAUUAUAAUUAACCAAUAAGUGAUGAAGUAAAAUAUUAAAAGAACAUGGCUCUGAAACGAUGGCCAGUGUGAUGAUGAUAACUCAGUGGCUCAAGUAACGAAAAAUAACAUGACAGGUGCACUAAGAUGGCCAGCGGCGUAAUGUCGCUCAAAAUCAGAGGAGGACUUAUGCUAACCUCUCGUUUGCCUUUUGUUUUUGACCUUGUAUAAUGGCCCGUUGCUAAUCGGAUCAAAUGUCCAGUCGCCACCAUGAUUAUGGGAGCGCUAACUUACAGCUGGAUCGGGCUGUCGGCGGCAGCGCCUCUGAUCUUCCUCAUGUGCGCUUGGGUGUUGGGCGUCUUCAUCUCCUACAGGAGGCACUGGCGGUCCGUCGACCUGUUCCUGCUGGCGGUGUUCGUCCAGGAACUCCUCAUGGCCCUGCAGGUCUUCGCCUACGCCCUCCUCAGCCUCAUGAGGCCUGAGUCGUCGGCGGCCUGCGGCACCUUCAUCUGGAGCCUCAGCUCCACCAGGACUCUGCAGGCGGCCACCGUGGCGUCCCUGCUGGUGGACCGGGCCCUCACGAGCCAGUGGCCCUACAAGUAUCGGUUCAGCGUCCGGCGGCACCAGAUCCGGUAUCACCUGGCUGUGUUGGCCAUCAUCGCCGCCCUGGUGGGCGUGGCGGCUAUCCUGGCCCCGAAGACGGGCACCCCGGAAAAGUUCGAGAAGUGCAGCUUCCUGCCCCACAUCCUGCACGAGCGCCUCUCCAUCUUCAUCCUGAGCAUCUACGGCAUCCUGGUCGUGGUCGGGGGCGUCAGCGCGGGCGUCGUGCAGGCGGGACGCGGGUGCUGGGAACCGUCGCCCGCCCAUUCGGAUAUCGCGCCCAUCACCACCACCGGUUCCUCCUCGGCUUCGUCGUCCAGCGCCGCUCGACCCGGAACGUCGCUCCACGCGGCCGCCUCGUCUGCCUCGACAACUUCGUCCAACUCUUCAUCCGUCCACGGGGGCGUGCACAGUGCCAUGCAACCAGCUUCCUCUACCUCGGAUCUGCUCCCUCCGCCGCCUCCUCACCGGCCUCCGCCCGCUCUCCCCGCCAGAGGGCAGAAGGGCAUGGCCGUGAAGCGAAACAGCAACUUGGCGCGUACGCCGGCUUCGGACUUCCGCUGGGGAACUACGGUAGCUGUGGCGACUCUCUGCUUCAUCGUCAAUCACUUCCCCUACAUGUGCGUCAUCAUGGUAGGGACCUACAAGGCAUCCUACUUGGAAAAACUGCCGGUGGAAAAUAUCGCUCUCUGGUUAUCCUUAGCCGAAGGACUCCUGCUGCCUCUGGUCCUGGGCCUCGUCGACGCCACCUUCAGCGAGGCUGCAGGGGCAUCUUGCUCCAGGGACAAGAGUCAGCUUCAUAAAUACAAUGAAAGCGAGGGCCCCUUUCGACUCUUCCCGAAGGAGGAGGUGAAGUCUUUCCCCUUGACCAACGGAUCCCUGUUCUCGUCCCUCCUCAACAUGAAUGUCGACAAUCCUAACCAGAUCAUUCCGUCCUACAGGCCAGGUGGCGCCUCGGGCCUCAAGAUGGGCGUCUCCUCCCAGGAAAUUCGGGGUCUCGUUGGAAGUGGCAUGGAAAACCGCAUCAGGGAUCCUUUCGGGCCUCCUUACUACCCCAGAGAACCCACCGAAUCCUUGGGGUCUGUCGGAACCAGUAGCCAGGAUCCUAUUUAUUCUGAUCCCCUCACGAAGGUUGGUAGCACUGACAGUUCCCUCAAAGAAGACCACAUUUACGCAACGCUGUCAGAGACCUUCGGGUCGAUGUCUUCCCUGAGUGAUGGGUACUUGGGAGAUGACCAGCGAUGUUCCUCCGUCACGACGGUCGCUAAUGACGACUUCGAGUUCCACGACCCGCGAGUGAGCGGGUCGCCCGAACCCGUCUGCUACGCGCCCGAUGUCCAUCAAGGGGUCGUCAGCGCUCGCAACAUAGCUCUUUCCAACCGGCCACCUGCCCAGCUCCCCCCCGAAGCCCGUAAUGACACCCCGGACGAUGUCUAUCAGUUUUCGACGAAGACUGAAUCGUCAACGGCCGGAUCCGUCGCAUCUUCCUUCAGGUCGUCGUGUUCUCAGGUCACGGCCACCAUCGAGAGCGCCCACAACCAGGAGAGUUUGGAAACUCCCGCCGACGACGUCGUCAACAAACCCCCCACCAGCGAAAUCGGUUACUACAACGGAGGCUUCGAGACGGACACGCUGGAGGAAAAGAAAGAGUACUUCCGCACUCGAGGCGCCACGGACACCUUGGACCUCCAUCAGAAGAAAGAGAAGAGCAGCGCCCAGGAGAGCCCGGGGGAAGGGACCCUCUCGCGGAAGCAUCGUUCCUCUUCCUUGUCUAUGAAUGACCUCGACCGACUGGAGACAAACACGGACAAAGAGGAGGAGAUGAUGUUCAUCCUUCCCGUGAAGAGCGAGUCGAUGUUGAGUCUCUACAGACUGUAUCUCGCUGAGGACGAGGCCGGCACGAGCCUCCACUACUCCGUGGAGAUAUCGCGUUCAGAGGGAGACCUUUCAGCCCUGGCCAACGCCGUGAACGCCGGCGUCGUCGAGGGAAAGAGCGAGAGCUCCCUGCACGAGGUUUACCAGAAACGUAGGGCUCCCGAAUUUUCUGGCGGCAGCCGAGUCAAGCGACAGCACAAGAUCCAGAGAGCGAAGGGCCUUCAGCAGCAGCAGCAGCAGCAGCGCACGAGGACUCGGUCCGCUCAAGUUCCUACCAAUUCCUCCUUAUGCACGAUCGCUCCCUCUGCCCCGCCCUCGAGUUCCUGCCCCUCACCCAGCUUGAACGUCCCCAGCCAAGGGAUGCAGGUGGCUGUCAUGGACAGGCUGCGUCGACGCAACGGAAUCAUCACGAUACAAGACCCUUCGGUACUCUCUGUGGAGGAGCUCUUCCACGUGCUGGACAGAGCCUCCACUACGCCUUCUGUGCCAUACACAGAUAUGGGGAAUGGGACUUACUCGUCCCCUCCCCCCGCCACGCCCAUCACGCGCACCGAACCAGACUUUAAAAAGAUCUUCGUGAGUGAAUAUCUGUAGGAGGGGCAGUUCACGAGUUGCGCAGUGGAGAACAAGUGACAGUAGACUCGAGUUUUGAGGUAUUAAAGAAUUAUUCUCAUGAUGGUGGAGACUUCAAUGCAUUCAUUCAUUGAAUGGUGAAAAUAAAAAGAUUGGAGCUGCCGUAAUGUUAUGUGUAGAUUUUCACGUAAAAACUUGGUAUUCAUUAUGAAAUAAACAAUUACUAUUAGAAAAAAUAUGCGGCAGAAUGGAACCACCGUGUAUAUUCGAAAAUGUGCAAUUGAUGCUGAGUGAUCAGAAAAUGAUCUUAUGUACACUGAUCUUAUUUGGGACCCAAACAAAGUCACCUGUGGUGACGUAGGAACGGACGUGAAACAGACUGAAGGAAACCCAGGUGACAGCGAGAGAAAUAUUUCGCUCAUGAAUUAACAGUGCAAAUUGAUAGAAUUAAGAUUUUCACCCCUGAAUGUAACAUAGCAGUAUAUCUGUACUCUAUAACAUUUGCAAGUAAUGAGGCAGAUGGCAUCAACAUAUUCAAAAUUAAAGUAACAAGUACAAAAGGCAAAUUAAUGGCUUCUAGCUUGUAAUGCUAAGAAUGAUGUUUGUACAGAUUUUGUUUUAACAAUGCAGUUCUUAGGCCGCUUCUGAGGGCCAAGACUCGACGGGUCUCGUGAGUACGAGUCGCUGACAUCCUCCCAAGGAUGACAGUUGAUCGUCCAUUCAGCGGAAGGAGGAAGAUACUCUUUUAUCUUUAAUUGUCUUUACAGAGUAAAAGAGACAAUCCUACGUAAGCUUAACCUUUGUCGUCGGCCGCGUGGCUCCCCGCGGACUGGCGGCGGCGCGCAUGUGAAUUGUACAUAUUUAUUUGUAUAGCGAUGGUAUUUGUUCAUUUUUAAGUUUUUAGAGUUUAAUGUGAAUGAGGUAAGCUCGUACCCACAACCUUCGCUGCUCUCUCUACUCAAGCAUACACACAUUGUAUUGCAAAUAUUUUGCACGAAUUUCUUUCCGAUUGUUUUGCUCUUAAGUGGAAAAUUUUACUUGGCAUCGCGAUUAAGAAUUUUAUCUUGGAAAACUGCGAAAUUUGUCAAUUGAAACGAUCCAAAUUAAAUCAGGCAUGGGCAACCCUUUCAAGUAUUAUGCCAAACUGCAACUUUAUGAUUAUCAUUACUUUAUAUAUUUUCAGAAAAUGAAGGUCCGUUUUGAGGAAAAAUCAUAGCAGUUAUACUGAUAAUAUUUUAUGAAAUCGAAAUCAGAGGUCUGGAUAAACUACUAAUCCUUUAUAAUAAUAAUCGAAAUCGAAAAAAGUUUCUUUUUAACAAAAACUUGAAAACUACUUAAGUGAAGGUCUCACAAUAUCUUGCACUCUCUUUGUUUCUCGGCCAGGCAAUAUUGUUUCCAAUGCGUCUCAUGGAUGAAAUCAUUGAAGAAAUAGAAAGUUCCGAAAAUCAUGAUAGAUCAGAUGCCCGGUAGUCUAAUUGUAUUAUUUCCCUCAACCCUCCCCGCCAUAAGAAAAGCGGUUAAGGUUUAUUGGAUUUAAAUUUCUAUAUUUUUGUCCUCUCUGAAUAUUACAGCAGUGCCAGUGGCAUAUGGCAACACUUGACAAGAGGAACAUUUUGACUGAAAUAAUCAUUUUGAUAUAUUUUUGCAAUGUAAUGUUUUACUCUUAGAUUUAAAUUCAAGUGCUACUGAGAACCGCACACAGGCUGUAUAGGUUACCCAUGCGUGAUUUUAAAUCCACUUUGCUCCUGGGAAUUCUACCUGCACAUUGUGUGUUGAAUGCCAAUGGCUCUUUCUUCAGGAGGGAAAUUGAAAAGUUGAACAUGACAUUCGUCUUAUCUUUGCAAGUCGUGUGGUUUGCUUAUUCAAAUUCGUCUCUUCUUACCCUCAUCCCUCUGUCAUCUUCCUUUCUGGCAUCACCGUAACUCAUAUUCUUCCUUUCCAAACCUUGAACUUUUAUUAUUCUCUCGGUUACCACGAUUCUUUGCUGAUUUUUUUUUUAAUAUCCCUAAAUUUCAAGUCGAAAGGAUUUUAUCAUUUCUUGUACGUACAAGGAAGACACAAAUGUAAGAGAAGUUCAUCGCGAAGAGUAAGUAGCCUACUACCUUUGAGGCUCGAGAGAAGCAUAUUUCAGAUGUGUGUUUCCUUUGUUAUCUGUAAGGGUCAUAGGUAACUAUGAUUUUUUUUUAUUUUUCGUCGUUAGGGAGCUUUCCAUAGUUGGAUACAGACGGCGAGAGAGCAGCUGCUAGCUGAAAUCGAAAUGCAUUCUGUUGCUAUGAUUGAUGUCUCAGAAGCCGUGCACAAGAUGUGCAACAAUGUACAGUUUCAAUAUUGUCGUAUUACUAAUUCUGACUACAGUGUGUACAUACAUGCAGUGUAUAUAUUCUUUGUAAUGGUGCGCAUUGUAAUGUUAGGAUCUAAAUGCCAGCAUUUUUAUUAUUUUUAAUGUACUCAUUAUAUGUAACUUAUUUAUCACGACUAGACAAUUUUAUAGUAUACAUAUGAAUAUACUUCUGACUGAAUUCUUUUGUACAAAAUAUAAGCAAAUAAAAUGUCAUGAAUGA